UUCAUAGAUAAGCUGGGUCAUGUGACUGCUGCAUGUUACAAAAUGGCAACCGCCAUAGAAAGUUUAGCGGCACGCAGCUUUAAACUUGGCACAUGCAAACGAGCUUGUUUACCAAAUCUCCGACAGGCAGCCAGAUCAUGCCAUGUGACCGCCCAAGAGCAUGUAUCGUCUUUGACAAAGAAUCCGCGUUCUUCAAUUUCUUUGGCAACGUCAGUCAUUCGAAGGUCAUCAUAUGCAUCACGAAGAUAUCUUUUAUCAGACGUGAUUGCUCUUUCAUCACCUUUCGUAAACAGCAUUUGUCUACCAGCGAGGACUUACUCUGUAUUGCCACAGCGAGCGAUAUAUAACCACCCCAUGCUACAGAAUGAUCACGAAGAGGAAAGAAAAUGUUGGAACUGUGGUAGAACUACUGAUCCGUCCGAAGAGCUCUUCUUCUGCAAGUGUGGAGUUGUUCAGACUCCAGCUGACGGCAUGACGUACUUCACUCUGUUUGGAAUAGACCAAAACUUUGAAAUCGAUAUCAAGAAAUUGAGUGAAGAAUACAAAAAUCUUCAGAAACGUCUCCAUCCUGAUAUGUUCAGCAACAAAUCAAAGGAAGAGCAAGAAUUAGCAGAGCAACAGUCGGCUUUUCUGAAUAAAGCAUACUUUUCUCUGCUGAAACCGCUGCCUCGGGCCCAAUAUCUUCUUAGUCUUUAUGGCUUUGACAUUGAAGAGGGAUCCACAGAAAUGAACCCAGACUUCCUAAUGGAAGUCCUAGAUCUGAACGAGCGCAUAGGAGAGAGCACGACUGGUGAAAUGGAAAAUAUAGAAAAUGAGAUAGUUUCAAAAAUACAGGAGUAUACCAAGCAAUUAUCAGAUGCUUUUUCCAGUGGUGAUAUCAUUAAAGCAAGAGACAUUACCAGCAGGCUGAAAUAUUAUGACAAUGUGGAAGCAAAAAUCAAAGCAUUUUAUCGAGACAGAAUGUAGUCUCCAAAUUUUCAGUAGGAGCUUUUAUAUGUUCACAUAGAUCAAAAUAUAGACCAUUAAGGUUCAUUAAAUUUGUCUUAUAUCAGACUUUUUCAAAAAUUACUAAUUCCCAACAUUUAAUUGAACUGAACUAACCAAAAACUGUUGUGUGAGGCAUAUACUUUUGUCAUGAAACUGUUACCAGAGGUUGCUUUUUUUCUUAAAUGCCCUUUGACUUAAAGAAAAAAAUUUGUUGUUUCAUUAACACAUUUUUGUAGUAGAUGGUAAUAUAAACAGUUUUGAAUAUUUGUCAAAAUCCAUUCUUACCUCAGAAACAAUAGUGUUACAACAAAUAUCUAUUUUUUGUGUGACAUUCUGUAAGUGCAAAUAUUAAUGAGAAACCUUUACAUGCAUGUAUUUAUAAAUGAUUGCAAUAUUUUGUUUCACCUUUAAUCAUUAACACUUUUGGUGCAGUGUGGAAAAACCUACAGGGGAGUAGGUAGACAUAAGCAUUAAGCACUACUUACUGUUUUUAUGUGAUAUAAAUUAACUACUUUGGAAAAGAUUAUAUUUUCAAGAGAGAGUCACCUUGCUAAAAAAAAAAUCAGAUUUUGAAUCACAAGUGAAAUGAAAAUGUGAAAUAUACAGCGGCUGUCAUCUAUCUCGUUGCAAGCUCCUGUGAUUUUGUUUGCAAAUGUGAAAGCAAGCUUAUUAGGUAGGGAAUGUUCAUGAGGUUUGCUGUACCAACCGGUCAGACAAGGAGACAAAUUUUCACAAGUGACAUAAGCAAAGAGGUUCAGCUGAAUUUCUUUAGGGAGUGCUGAAAAAUAAGCUCGUUAAAGGGAAGAUAACGCGGUUCUGUGGUUGGAUGUUGACUGCGGAACGGAAUAAAUGGUGCUAGCUGGGGAGAAAGAAAUGUCGUACGCUAACAGUAUUAGAGGAUACAGUUGCCUCCACAAGACUCUCUUUGUUGUCGCUCUCUCUCUCGUCGAUACCAUCACGCAUUACGUCUUCAAAAUUUACCAGACACAGUAGAAGCUCGCCGAAAAUGCUGGGUAGUAUUCAUUCCUUUAGAGCCCCCAAUUAUGUCUUAUAAUGCAGAAAAUACUUGUCGAAGUAACGUGCAAACUAUUCACGUACCCGACUACCUUUUGGAGACAUCAAGAUAUUCCUAGCAGAUCUGGCAAAGCUCAGACAAACAGUAUGGAACUGCAUCAAGGCCGACAAACACGCAAACGCUUUCCACACUCUUUCAUGCUCAGAGAUACACUUUCGCACUGUAAUUUUAUAUUUUUCUUCAUUAUCACCCAAUUUAUUGCAAAUUUUGAGCUGCCUCAUCGCACGAUACAUUUCCCUGUUUCAUAAUAAUGUUAAGUUGACAUGCAUGGUCUUAAUGUGGCGAAAUAGUGAAGCAUUUUGUAUUCUUACACUUGUUAAGGCUGGCAGCUCAUUUUUGUCGGUCAAUUUAUAAUCACGUCACCAGCCAAAAAGAAAUGAAGCCAUAUUCUGUACAACAAUAAUAUAUAUGAUGUGAAAUCAACAUCCCACAAAAAAA